CAGGUGGGUGUUCCUCCGGUGAGUGUCUGCUACUCUGCUUUAGUCAACACAAAGCAACUCGUUAACGUUGCUGACAAAAGACGUCUUCACAGCCUCUCCUACAGAGAUAACCGGAACAGACUUUUCUGCACACCUAUACAAUGUCUGGAGAUAUCACUUUCGAUGAACUCUCAGGAAAGAAGGACUCCUUCAAAAUCAUUGACGUGAGGAACCCAGGGGAGCUGGAGAGCGAAGGACACAUACCGGGAGCCUACAACAUUCCAAUGCCCGAGCUCGAAGAAGCUCUGAAGCUCGACAAUGAGGGCUUCUCAGCUAAAUAUGGCUUCGACAAACCGGGAGCAGGGGAUACAGUUAUCACGCACUGCCAAAAAGGCGGAAGAGCUCGGAAGGCUGGAGACUUAAUGGCUGGCAGCGGACUGACUGUGAGAGUCUACGUUGGUUCCUUCGAUGACUGGAAAGCAAAAGGUGGUGAGAUCGCCAAGGGAAAACCUUGAGAAUUACAACAGCUAUGCAUGCAUCCUUUAUCUGUGUCUUUUGUGAUCUUGUAUUUUUGUCUGUGAAACGUGAUUUUUCUAUAAUAAACUACUCUCCUUGGAGAGUAGUUUAUCACCAGUAUAAACAAGGUCUCUGUAACGAAGCACAUUGUUAACUGACAUUUAAAGUUUUCUUUAGUAAAAGAUAAAUGGAAUUUCAA